AUGGAGACGGCGGAAUCAAUAUCAUACCCAGGCUUCCCAGUCGAAGCUGAAAGCCACGACCCCUUUCCAGUAGAGGAGGAUCCUGAUACCCCAAGGUUCCCGGUGGCUGAGCCGCACUUCUCCUGGAUGGAACUGGGGGACGAGCUGCAGCUGCCAGACCCAGGAGAGAGGCAGGAGCUUACCGUUGUCAAAGCAGGCUCUGACUCACCAAGUGAGGAAGAGGAGGAAGUUGAGGAUGAAGAGGCUGCUUGCCCAGAGAACUGUGAUUGGUCCCAUGAGGUGUUGUUGGAGAAGAACAGUGGAUCUGUUGCUACGCGGGGACCAGACCCUCGUCCAUUCCGUUGUACAGAGUGCGGUAAGGGGUUCGCCCAGAGUUCGAACCUGGUGAAGCAUCAGCGGAUUCACACAGGGGAGCGCCCAUUCCGGUGUCCCGAAUGCGGCCGCGGAUUCAGCUGGAGCUCCUCGCUGGCAGAGCACCUCAAGGCGCACAGGGGACGCCGGCCCCACGUCUGCGGCGAGUGCGGGAAGCGCUUCGCCCGUGGCUCUACGCUGGCCGAGCAUCAGCGGGUGCACACGGGGGAGAAGCCCUUCCGGUGCCACCAGUGCGGGGCCCGCUUCUCGCAGAGCUCUACCCUGGCGCAUCACCUGCGCACGCACUCGGGCGAACGCCCCCACGCUUGCCCCGACUGCGGGAAGCGCUUCGGACGCAAGUCCACUCUCGUCACGCACCGGCGGACUCACACCGGUGAGAAGCCGUACGGCUGCAAGGAGUGUGGCCGCUGCUUUGGUGUCAGCUCCGACCUUGCGAAGCACGUGCGCAGUCACCGCGCUAACGGGAGCAGCUGGGGAAACGACGCUGCAAAUUUGCAACCCCCUACUCCGCUUUCAGCUGCUCAUCCCAGUAUCCAGCAAGUUACAAAAACUUCCCUGGAAGGCUCAGAACUAGCUGCACAAUAUCACGAUCGCACGGAGGGGGAGGAAGAGAAAACAUGUACGAGCUCUGAACGUGCAGAGGGUUUCAGCCAGCGUUCUGCCCUCGCUGCCCAUCAGAGGACCCAUUUGGUUGAGGUCUCUGACAGCCGCCUUCAAUGCGGAGAAACCUUCCCUGACAAGUCAGAACUGGAGGCCCAUAUGAAAAGUCACGGUGUAGAAGAGAAGCCCCACAAAUGCCCGGACUGUUACGCUUGUUUCUCCGAAAGUUCUGCUCUUGAGAUACACCGGCGAGUGCACCGUGGAGAGGUAUCCCACUACUGCCACCAAUGUGGGCAGAACUUCCCCAGUAGUUCUGACGUGGAGAGACACCAAAGCAUCCAUGGAGGCCAGGAGGAGCCCUUGGAGAGCGGGGAGAGUAGGGCGAGCUUUGCUGAGACCACUGCUGUGAUCACAAACACCCUGCAUGAGGAUUCUCACAACUGCCUCCAGUGCGGGGAAGCAUUUCCUGAGAGCGAAGAACUGGCCCUUCACCAGUUGAGCCACCGCAACGAGGCAGGCGAGGAAGAGAAACCUUACAGGUGCUCCGUUUGCGGUGCUUGCUUUCCCGAGAGCGCAGAUCUCGUGAUGCACAAGCUGAGCCACAGGGCAGACGAAAGAUCCCACCUGUGUGUCGAAAUGUUCCCUGAUAACUCGGAGCUUGCAGUUCACUCAACGGAAGCCGCCGUGGAUAAGCCAUACGCCUGCACGGCUUGCGGCAAGACCUUUGCCCUCUUUGCCACACUAGCCGUGCACGAGCGCAUCCACAUGUCGGACGACGACGCCUACCGCUGCCCGACGUGCGGCGAACACUUCCCCGACAGCGGCAAGCUUGGGAGGCACCAGAGACGCCACCUGGGAGAAGAGAGGCCUUUCCGGUGCCCGGCAUGCGGCAAGGGCUUCGUGCUGCUCUCAGGGCUGCGGCAGCAUCAGCGGGACCCCCCGGCCCGGUGCUCGGAGUGUGGGGAGACCUUUGCGUGGCGCUGCAGGCUUACCGAACACAGGCGCAGCUGCCACCCAGCGGAGCGCCCCUACAAAUGCCCAGAGUGCGGCAAGGGCUUCAUCCAGAGCUCCAAGCUCCUGCGGCACCAGGUGACACACACCGGCGAGAAGCCGUUCAAGUGCCCCGAUUGCGGCAAGAUCUUCAGCCAGAGCUCCAACCUGGCCGAGCACCGGCGGACGCAUGCCCCCGGCAAGGCCCACUGCUGCGCCAUCUGCGGGAAGGCCUUUGCCCUGGGCUCCUACUUAGCCAAGCACCAAGCCACCCACACGGGCGCCCGCCCUUUCCGGUGCACCGAGUGUGGCAAGGGCUUCCGGCAGAGCUCCAACCUCAUCCAGCACCAGCGGACCCACACGGGCGAGAGGCCUUACGUCUGUGCCUCCUGCGGCAAGUCCUUCACCCAGAACUCGCACCUGGUCAAGCACCGGCGUGUCCACACUGCUGAGAGGCCGUACCGCUGCCCAGUCUGUGGCAAGAGCUUCCGGCAGCGCGGUAACCUGGCCGAGCACCAGCACCAGCAUGCGGGGACCCGCCCGUACGUCUGCGGCGCUUGCGGGAAAUCCUUCCGGUGGAGCUCAGCUUUCUCCAAACACCAGCGUACCCACCUGGCUCCCUGACCUGUGGCUUCUGAAC